AUGACUGAAGAAAGAGGAACAAGGUGUCUGCGAAUAAAGCGUAGAGAUUAUAUGAUUGACUUAAACGGGUCUCUCUCUAAUCAACAUAUAUCUAAAUUAUGGUUUCCAAAAUUGUUAAAAAUGAGAUUGGCUGAGAGACUGGAAGAGAAGCGAAGCGCAGUAAGAAGCGACGACCAGGAACUGGACGAGCUUAUUCUUAACGCUAUAUUUACACUCAGGAUUCACCUAAUAGAGCUAUCCAAAGUUUUUGAUCUUUGUGUCGAUUUUAAAUUAAAAUAUAUGCAGUCUCUCAAGAAGAAGAUCAAUCAAGAAACAAUGAUUGGGCUAAGUGGUGACAGUGACGAAGACUCCGCUUAUCAGGCAGGACCCUUAAUAUUCAAUGAACAGCGUCUUUUCUCCGAUUUGCAAGCCAGAAACAGUACUUUAGCGAUGUUAGCAACAGCUAACGGCAUGGUGACGAUACCGUUGGGGUUUUUUAAUGCUUCUGGUUUACCGUCGCCGCAAUUAUGUGGUCCAGUUGUAGGUCCAGGUUCCAGCUCGUCGUCAACUUUUUUUCUGCAACGAGAACCAAAACCCAAAGCAAAAGAGAAUUCAAAACACUCUAACCGUUGUAGCGGACCCGGUGGUGAUACUCGGCCGCAGAGGAUAAGCGAAGACGAUGAGCGAAAUGAGUUGAAGAGAAAAUUACCACCCAAAGCCGUCGAUCUUCUUAAAACUUGGUUUUAUCAGCAUGCUGCACACCCAUAUCCCACCGAUAACGAAAAAUGUGAACUUUCCACGGAGACCGGUUUGCACAUUACGCAGAUUAAUAAUUGGUUUAUUAAUGCUAGAAGACGUAUUAUAUCCAAUAAAACGCCUAACGCUUCAACACAAGACUCUGACGAAUUUAAUGAGUCUGAAUGGAAUACGGCUGCUGUGAAGAAGCAAAGAAAAGAUUCUGGCAGUGGUUCGUGUUCUUAUAUGGUGGACAGUUUCUUCACGGAAAGUCAUAGACUACCCAACGUAAAAGACUAA